GAAAACCACACACCAAAGAUGCUUAGUUCCUAACAUUUCUUUAGAAAGGUGUAUUCGUCCAGGAAUCACAAUGACUCGAACAACACUCUUCAUGUCUGAAAGGCGGAGCCUCCAAUCCUGUACGGCCGAAUUUGGUGGCGAAAUCGACCAAGACACCCAAAAGGAAUUUCAAUUCUACAUGAUAUAUUCAACUUUAAGUAAAGAAGUUCGGAAAGAAAUAGGUUCCCAGGGUGACGAAUUCAUUAAACACUGUUCUUUUAAUGGAAAAGCAUGUUCUGUAAAAACAUUUGUGGAAUCCCAAAGUCUUCGUUAUGGUAAUUGUUUCACUUUCAACCAAGGUAGCAGAAAUAAGACAUCCCCAUUGAUUGUGUCUGAAACUGAAUACUGGAGUGGAUUGGAGGUAACCCUUGAGCUAAAAUAUGAUGAAUACAUGCUGUUCUCUGAUACCGUUGGGGCAAGAGUUCACAUCCAUGAUCCGAAUGAACCCCCCAGCCCUGACAAUUAUGGAAUUGACAUUAGCUCAGGUUUCGAGACUUCAGUAGCAAUUAUGCAAACUCACGAAAUUCGACUAGCUUCUCCUUACAGAGAUCACUGUGUUAAUUACAGUGACGAAGACCCGUACCGUCACAGUCAAAGCUGGUGCACGAGAUAUUGCAUUCAAAGGAUUAAUUACAUGAAGUGUGGAUGUGCUGAUCCAACCCUGACAUCAACCACCAUUUUCAAGACUUGCAAUUUGACAAACCGAAAUGAAAGUUGUUGUCUGAACGAAGUUUUGGAUCGUAUUUUGAAAGACAAAUUAGCUUGCGAUUGCCCCCUGCCAUGCAGCACAACUUAUUAUGGGGAAAAAGUGUCAGUGGCUAGAUGGCCUUCCAAAUCUCUUGACUUCAACGGAAACUUAACAAAACGCAAUUAUUUGGAAGAUAUUAAACGAAUGCGAAAAAGUCAAGCGAAACUUAGAGUAUUCUAUUCAACUUUGAUUCGGAAAAUAUACGAACAAAAACCAAGAUACCAGGAUUCAGAAAUAUACAGUCACUUAGGAGGUGAGUUAGGUAUGUGGCUAGGCUUAACUCUAAUGGUAAUAUUCGAGAUUAUUGAAACGAGUUUAUAUUUGAUAAAGUAUUUUAUCAGAUUUCGAGCAAACCGCAAGGUAAAAAAAUUGGCCAUUUGUGACUAGUUAAAUAAGGACACU